AUGUCUUUCCCCACCCCAGCGAUGCCCCAGCCUCGGACCGACGAGUAUGUCUGGACCGGUAGCGAGUCAUCUUACCAAACUGCUGACGUGCCCCGCCUCGCCUCUACCAGCUAUCGGUACAUGCCAGAAGCACAAACCACACAGUACUUCCCGUCGACGUUACGCCCCGUCGUCGACGACAGGUCGUAUAACGCGAGCGGAUACGAUAACUACGGCUCGGAACAUGUUGACGGCUCCCACACCGUCAACAUGGAACGACGAAACCUCGAGCUAUGCCGGCCACUCGACAAGCGGCCACUCCACGUCGGGCCAGUCAUCGUUGAAGAGCUGGAAGACCGCUUCGGUGAUCGGAUUGACGAAAUGCUCCAGAAAGUGCGCUCCUCACUGGUAGAGCAGGAUGUCACAGAGGUCGCUGCGUUCGCCUCUGUGCAUGCCGAGGCGGCAUCAGAGCAAUACUUUUACAACGACACCACCUACGUGGAGAGAGAGCGGUGGGAACAUGAUGCGAACGAGGUCGUUUUCGAUGACACGGAGGAAGGGGCGGGUUUUGAGGACGAUCUAGACGUAGACGACGGCUAGCCGAGAUUGAGCUGCGGUUUGUGUCGUAAGCAAUAAGAUUCGCUUGCUCGCUCCCG